CCGUCUUUUUUGCGCCCUUCUUGAGCAAAAAGAUUCGAAUUUGCAGCAGCCAUUAAAGAUGGGUGGGAGAGGAAGGUCUCGAACUCAAAGAAAACACUUUCGACAGAACAGAGAAAAUGUUUGGAAACGCAGCAAACAUGAAGACAACAAUGUUACUACUACCAAUGAUGACAACAACAAAGAACAACAACCUAGUAAUAAACCCCAUUGGGAGCCCUUUGCUACUCAAAAUCUUGCCUUUGAUGAGUAUUAUAAGGAGCAAGGAAUAGUACCAACUGAAGAGUGGGAUGCUUUUGUUGGCUGCCUUAGAACUCCUUUGCCUGCUGCAUUCAGGAUCAACUCCAGUAGCCAGUGCUAUAUGGAUAUUCGGACCAAGUUGGAGAACGAUUUUAUGAAAUCUGUUCAGGCAGAGGGUGUUGAUGGGAGUGAGGUCGAGGGAAUAAGACCAUUACCUUGGUACCCGGAGAAUCUUGCUUGGCAGUCUAAUUUUUCACGCAACCAGUUGAGGAAAAACCAAAUACUUGAGAGGUUCCAUGAGUUCUUGAAGCUACAAAAUGAAAUUGGAAACAUUACGAGACAGGAGGCCGUUAGCAUGGUUCCUCCCUUGUUCCUGGAUGUACGUCCAGAUCAUUUUGCUCUUGACAUGUGCGCAGCUCCCGGUUCGAAAACAUUUCAGUUGCUUGAGAUGAUUCACCACUUGGCUGAACCAGGGAAAUUACCUAGUGGAAUGGUCUUAGCAAAUGAUGUUGAUGUCCAAAGGUGUAACCUUCUUAUUCACCAAACGAAGAGAAUGUCUACUGCCAACUUGAUCGUCACAAACCAUGAAGUGCAGCACUUUCCGAGCUGUCAUUUAAGAGGAAAUUUUGCAAAUGGUUCUGAGACGCAAAAAGUGAGGGAAUUAGAUAUAAAUCAGCUUCAAUUUGAUCGUGUCUUGUGUGAUGUUCCAUGCAGUGGUGAUGGCACUCUGCGCAAGGCUCCUGAUAUAUGGAGGAAAUGGAAUACUGGAAUGGGUAUGGGUCUCCAUGGGCUACAGAUUCAGAUAGCAAUGCGAGGAUUGUCUUUGCUUAAAGUAGGUGGAAGGAUGGUUUAUUCAACUUGUUCCAUGAAUCCCAUUGAGAACGAGGCUGUGGUUGCUGAGGUCUUGCGGAGAUGUGGGGUGUCCGUUGAACUCGUUGAUGUGUCCAGUGAGCUUCCUCAGCUUGUUCGCAGGCCAGGUCUUAAAAAAUGGAAGGUUCGAGAUAAAGGAAUGUGGUAUGCUUCUUACAAAGAUGUUCCAGAUAAUCGCAGAGGUGGUGUUGUUCCCGGGAUGUUCCCAUCUGGCAAAACCUAUGUGGAUGCAUCUGAGCAAAAUGAUGAUGCAACUAGAGCUCAAUUGUCUGAUAAUGGAAAUAAUGAUAAUUCUGAAAAUGACAUGCCGGUGUUGGAGGAUUCUGCAACUGUAGCUACAAUCGUGGAUGAUGAGGGAGUUUCAACUCUACCGCUGGAGCAUUGUAUGAGGAUAGUGCCACAUGAUCAGAAUAGUGGAGCCUUCUUUAUUGCCGUAUUUCACAAGCUUUCUCCUUUGCCAGCUUCAGCCUUUCAGCAGAAACCUGUCUCUCUGCGGGAGAAGUUGAGUUCCAGUAAUAUUCAAGCUGAAAGUUUAACAACUAAGGUUAAAGAAGAUGUCAAUGUUGAGGAUGUUAAGCCAGUGGAUUCCGUUGGUAACGAAGAUGUGACUAUGGACGAUGCUGAUAUUCAAGCUGAAAGUUUAACGGCCGAGGUUAAAGAAGAUGUAAAUGUUAAGGAUGUUAAGCCAGUGGAUUAUGUUGGUAGCGAAGAGACGACUACGGUUGAUGCUGGUAAUGGGACCGAUGAAACUAUUUUGGAUGCUGAGCCCAGUGAAACAUUGGAGAAAAAAGAGAUAGACGAAACUCAACCUCCUACUGAUACAAGAGCUGAGCCUGAGACUAAUAGAGGGAAAAGAAAAUUACAAAUGCAAGGCAAGUGGAGAGGGGUUGACCCAGUUAUAUUCUACAAAGAGGAGGCAGUUGUGGGUAAGAUAAAGGAUUUCUAUGGUAUCAAGGACUCAUUCCCUUUCAAAGGACAUCUAAUUACGAGGAAUAGCGAUAUGAACCAUGUGAAGAGAGUUUAUUAUGUGUCAAAUUCUGUGAAGGAAGUUCUGCAUCUCAAUUUUCUAGCUGGUCAGCAGCUUAAAAUAGCUUCAGUUGGGCUCAAGAUGUUUGAGCGCCAAACAUCUAAAGAUGGUGCAUCUUCACCAUGUAUAUUCCGGAUAUCAUCUGAAGCAUUGCCGUUAAUGCUGCCGUAUUUAACCAAACAAAUAUUAUACGCAUCUCCUGCGGACUUCAAGCAUCUUUUGCAGUACAAGAGCAUUAAAUUUGGUGAUUUUGUGGAUGCUGGAUUUGGGGAAAAGGCCUCACAGCUGUUGAUGGGUUGUUGUGUGGUGGUUCUGAACAAAGACAAUAAGACACUGUCAGAAGCUCAAGCGGAUCCAUCAACUAUCGCUAUAGGAUGCUGGAGAGGCAGAUCUAACAUCUCAGUGAUGGUCACUGCACUUGAUUGCCAAGAGCUGCUCGAAAGGAUGUCAAUGGGUGUGGAAGAGGAAACAAAUUUGUGCUUGCCGGAAACCAAUACAUCAGCUGCAGAGGCAGAUGAAAUAGUUGAAGCAGUGGAAGAUGAAGUUAAAGAGGACACUAAACAACCAUGAGAAUACUCUAUAUAAAACUUACGAUUUUGGAGGCUGUUAUAGAUGUACCAUGAUUGUGAAUUUAGUAAUUGCUUGUUUGUAGCUUUGCUCAAGUUUUAUUCAAUAUAUCCACAACAAUCAUUUUCAGAUGAAGAUAAUUUGAAGAAUCCCUUUAGAUUGUUAUUUUAUGUACUUAAAUCAAUAUGUUGAAGAAUUAAGUACCAUA